AUGGGUAGCUUAGCCGCAUGGAAUAUAAGGGGUUUGAACCGGCCCCUGAAACAAAAAGAGGUUCGGCAGGUCAUGAAGGAUAAUCAUUUGCAGGUUUGUGCUAUUAUGGAGACUCAUGUGGAUGCUUCUAAUGUAUCGAGUGUUUGCAAAAAAGUUUGUAGGUCUUGGAGUUGGGCGACUAACUCGGGAUGCUGUCAAAAAGGAACACGUAUUAUGGUGGGGUGGGAUGCCGAUGUAGUUGAUGUUAUGGUGUUAUCCCAAUCUGAUCAGGUAAUGCACACUCAGAUUAUUUUCAAAAUGGAUCGGAAAACAGUUUUUUGCUCGUUUAUUUAUGCUGAUAAUCACUAUAAGAAUCGGAGAAAACUAUGGGAUGACUUGUGUUCUCAUCACGCAUUUAUGAAGAAUAACCCUUGGGUUAUAAUGGGAGAUUUUAACUCCUCAUUGUAUUUGGAAGACUCGUUAACGAGUUCAUCAACAAGUAGUGUUGGAAUGAGGGAGUUUAAGGAGUGCGUCAAUAAUAUUGAGGUUUUUGAUAUUAAUAGCUCCGGUUUACAUUAUACGUGGUCGAACAAACAGAAACAAGGUGCGGUGUUUAAAAAGAUAGAUAGAGUCAUGGGUAACACUCCGUUUAUUGACGUUUUCCCAGCGGCAGCGGCGUGCUAUCACCCAUACAGAAUUUCGGAUCACUCACCAUGUAUUCUAUCUUUGCCGAGUCUUACGAGGGAGAAACCGAAACCUUUUAAAUUCGUAAAUUUGUUGUCGGAGAAAAAGGGUUUUAUGGAAGAGGUAAAACGCAUUUGGGAUGUAGAUAUGCAGGGGUUCCCCAUGUUCCAAGUAGUUCAGAAACUCAAAGCGCUUAAGAGACCGUUACGUAAGCUUUUUCAACAGCAAGGUAAUUUGCAUGAAAAGGUAAAAGAGGCGCGGAACAAUCUGGAUGCGUGUCAAAGGGCGAUGGAUGAAGCUCCGAUGAAUUUAGAGCUGAAAACACAGCAUGAUAACCUUAUCGUAAGGUAUAUAGAUGCUACUCGUGAUGAAGCAAUGUUUUUACAACAAAAAUCAAAAGUCGAGUGGCUUGCAUUGGGGGAUUCGAAUACGAAAUUCUUUCAUAAUGUGGUAAAAGCUAAAAAUCAUCGUAGUAGAAUUUUUUCGAUCCGGGAUGCAAAUGGAAAUUUGUUUGAAGGAGGUGCGGUUCCGCAGGUAAUGGUUGAACAUUAUACUCGGUUUUUUGGGACUUCUGGCGCUAUAAGUAUUGACCCGUCUCCAGAAUUAUUCACUAAUGUGUUGCCGGUUGAGAAAGCUUAA